AUGUACAAUGCUGAUAAUAUUACCAUAUUGGUAAGAAUGCUUAGUAAUGUAUUCCAUAGGUUGGAUUGUAAAUAUAUUCUCAUAGUUGUUGAUGACAACAGUGCUGAUGGGACCGCAGAGGAAGUAGAAAAACUGCAGAUACAAAUGGGUGAGGAUCAACUAAAGCUUAUAAGAAGACCAAGAAAGAUGGGAUUGGGUUCGGCAUAUUUCGAGGGAGUGGAGUACUGUAAAUAUGAUUAUACAAUUAUUAUGGAUUGUGAUCUACAGCACAACCCAUUUGACAUUUUGGAAAUGAGUAAAUAUAAGGAAUAUGACAUUGUUACAGGAACUAGAUAUACUCUGUAUGAACUUAAGGAAAAUAAUGGAUCUGUUGAUAUGGGAGGAGGUUGGACAUCAAGCCACCCAGAUUAUAAAUCGCAGUGUAGAUCAGAUGUUUUUACCAAAGAAAAUAGUCCAAAUAUUAAGAAUGUAGGAAACAAUUUGGUUAUCAAAUAUGGAUGUGUGUGUGGUUGGUCAUUUAAAAGAAAACUAGUAUCUUCCGUUGCAAAUACUCUUGCUAAGUUUGUGUUGGAUUUAAAAUCAACAGACCUGACUGGUUCUUAUAGAAUUUAUAAAACUGGGAUGUUGAAGAAGCUGUUGAAAAGCGUUCGUAAUCAAGGCUUUGGCUUCCAAAUGGAGAUUAUUGUAAGAGCUGAAGAAUAUGGAGCCACGAUAAAGGAAGUUCCCAUUACAUUCUAUGACAGAUCAAGUGGGGAAUCUAAGAUGCAAAUAAUAGAAAUUUUGAAGUAUUUGAAAUCGAUUGUUUGGCUGUAUUUUGUGGGUUAA